AUGCCCGACGACGGCCUCCGUACCGAGCCCGGCGCCGUAUCCCCGCUGAGCCAAGAUGACGGCCGACAGGGACCUUCCUCGCUUUCGCCAACUCCUCCCCCACCCCCUUUGCCAGCGUUCGACUAUGCGGGAGGCGGGCCCGCUGCACACACAUCAGCGGCCCACGAUGCGAGGGAACGCCAAGAACGAGCAGAGGGGAGCGCGGAAAACCCCAUCAUCCUGGGUGAUAGCUUUCCUGUGCGGGAUCAGACUCAAGGGUCGAUUAGAAAUAGCUAUGAUGACGCCGGGCUACUACUAGCUGAUUCCGGCGCGAGGGUGCCAAGUCCCGAAGAUGCUCUAGGGACGCAGCUGCGACCUGUUCUGCUCGACGAUUCCCCGCCUCACAGUCCCUCGAGAAGCCAGACGCAAGCGCAAGCCCCUCUUCCACCUUCUCCGCCUCCCCCUCCGCCGCCGCCACCACCGCAUCAUCCUGCCCCAGCCGACUCGAGAAGCCCUUCCGAGUUUAUAGUCCCUCGAUGGCAGCCAGACGCUGAGGUGACAUAUUGCCCGAUAUGUCGCACGCAGUUCAGCAUCUUUGUUAGGAAACAUCACUGCAGAAAAUGCGGCCGCGUAGUCUGCAACUCUUGCUCGCCGCAUCGUAUUACGAUCCCUUACCAGUAUAUCGUGCAGCCGCCUGGAGCGCCUCGGGUGCUGGCCCAGAGAUACCCGGCCGCCAUAUUGGGCAGCGGAGGCGGCUACCCAGACUUUGGUGUUCUCGGGGGUGGUGAGAGGGUCAGGCUGUGCAAUCCUUGCGUGCCAGACCCAAACAUUGCGCCACCCCAGACGCAGACCCAAGGAAGCCAUUCCAGAUCGCACAGCACCCUCGUGCAGCCGUUUCCGAACGAUGGGAACCAAGCGCCGAAUAGCUGGGGCUCGUAUUUCACUGGUGCGUCUGCAAACGACCCUCAAGCUAGAAGCCGGAGUGUCACAAUGCAUGCCGGUGGUCCGUCCUCAUCACGGCCACCCAACAUUCUCUAUCCUCAGAACACGGAGAACCAAAUACUCUCGGGCACUCCGCCCCCGGCAUAUUUCCGGACUCCCUCAGCCACACCGCAUCGCCCGCCUUACCCUAGCAUACCCGCACGAUUCCGGUCCAUGAUGGAUGUUGGCGAAAGGUCAGAAGCCGGGCCAUCUGGCGUCAAUCGCCGCCUGCCGCCUCUCCCGGCCCCGCCGCCCCAGAUCCCUGAGGAAGACGAGUGCCCCGUGUGUCACCGCGAGCUUCCGCCGCGCACCCUCCCCAAUUUUGAGUCGUUGCGCGAGUCGCACAUUAGUAUCUGCAUCACGGCGCACAGCUCGUAUAACGGGGGUGUCCCCGCCUCGACUAGCGCUGGCGGCGGCGGCAGCGGGGACGCAGGAGGUGCAGGCAACGGCGGCCCGCCCCUGCCGCCCAUGCCCCCCCGCCGCACCGGCAUGUUCCCGUACACGGCCACCGAGAAGGACUGCGUCGACUCGGCCGAGUGCACCAUCUGCCUCGAGGAGUUCGAGGUCGGCGUCCCCAUGGCCCGCCUCGAGUGCCUCUGCCGCUUCCAUAGGAUGUGCAUCAGCGCCUGGUGGCAGCGCCAUCCCGGGAGGUGUCCGAUGCAUCAGCACGACGGUUUUGGAUAUUGA